AAACUCUAAAUGAUUUCAAACCAGUCUUCUACAUACGAUGGUUCCGGAGAGACUUCUCUAUCGGAUAAGAUCUCGGAGUUGUUCCAGAAUGAAACUGGGACUUUUGAAGGAAACACAAAUGAAGAAUCAACACCCCUCGCCUUCUCCGAAGGCGAACCCCUCCUAAAGAAAUCCACACCUGAAGAACCUCCCAAGAAGAGAAAAAGGAGAAGAAAAGCCCAUAGAUUGUCUAAUUCUGAACGAGCAAAGAAAGCCAGAGAGAAGAAAAAGCUGUACUACAACGACCUUGAAAACAAAGUUGCCUCCCUCACUGAGCUCUGUGAAGCUCUCAAGAGAGAAAAUACUGAGAUGAAAUCUAAGCUAUCUCAACUACAGAAAACUGAAACGACCGAAAAGCCCUGUUACGAUACACAGAAAAAGAGGGAUUCUAAAAGCUAUGAUAAGGCCUUAGAAACUCUCUCAAAACAGACUGGAGGCUUAGCUGCAUCCGGACGUACACAAUCAGAAUCUAAUCUUAGAAUUGGUACUAAAGAUAUCGAGAAAGAUAAUGGUCUUGAAUUUAAGCAGAAUAGUAAUGAGGGUGUUAAAAUCACUCAUUUGAGCUGCUCUGAUGUUAAUAGACUAAAUGCUCAGGUUUGUCCAGAGGACAAAGAUAUCAUCUUGUAUCAGAAUCAAAAUAUUGAUGACCAGAUGUUCAAAAGUGAAAGAGCAGAUGAAGACAUGGAUAAUAUGGCCUUUAAAUUUGACAGAGAGUGAAUACCCCAGAAUCUUUUUGAACACGAGGCUGCACCUCGUUUUUGCUUUGAAGAAGAUCCGAUGGAUCUCAUAUUCAAGAACCAAGGUAUAUAAUGCCAGAUCAGAACCUAGUUCAUCAAAAUCUAAAACUUCUGAUACCGAUGAGGUAGUUUUUACAACAGAAAUCUCUACUUAUAGUAAUCUGAACUUCUUCUAUAAAAUUCU